AUGCCACUCUACGCCAAGUUUUUAAAGGAGCUAAUGACUAAGAAGAGAAGCUGGAAGAACAACGAGACUGUGAUACUAACCGAAGAAUGUAGUGCUAUCAUUCAGCAUAAACUGCCCCAGAAAUUGAAAGAUCCUGGGAGCUUCCAGAUCCCUUAUAUUAUAGGGGAAAUCACAGUAGAAAAGGCUCUAUGUGACUUAGGAGCUAGCAUCAACUUGAUGUCAGUAGCUAUGAUGAGAAAGAUGAAGAUCGACGAUGCUAAACCAACAAAAAUGGCCUUACAACUGGCAGACCGAUCGUUCAAGUUCCCUCAUGGCGUAGUAGAAGAUUUGCUGGUGAAAGUGGGAGAUUUCAUAUUCCCGGUAGAUUUUGUAGUGCUGGACAUGCAAGUGGAAGCCAAGGCCUUCAUCAUCCUGGGAAGGCCGUUCUUAGCCACUGCUGGAGCUGUCAUUGAUGUCCAAAAGGGUGAUCUCAUCCUAAGAUUACACAAUGAAAAGAUGACAAUCAAUGUGUUCAAAGCCAUGGGUUACCCACCAGAACAAUUGGGGGAAUGUAUGAGGUUGGACUCAUUUGAAGAGGAAGUGCAGGAGAGUUUUGAAGAGGAAGAACUUGAAGAGUUAACAGAGGAGGAGCCAACAUCUAGUGAAGAGGUUGCAACAACAGAGAUUCGCAUACAAGGUGCACAAAAGGAAAAGAAUGAAAAGAUAGAGGCACCCAAACUUGAACUCAAAGUACUGCCACCCACUCUCAAAUAUGCAUACUUAGGAAAUAAUGAAAGUUACCCAGUAAUUAUAAACUCAUCCAUCAGCCAAGAUCAAGAGGAUGAACUACUCCAAGUAUUGCGAAAGCAUAAGGAUGCCAUUGGAUGGACCUUCGCUGACCUGAAGGGAAUCAUUUUAGCCAUAUGCAUGCAUAAAAUACUGUUGGAAGAUAAUGCCAAACCAUCCAUUCAAUCCCAAAGGAGGCUUAACCCAAUCAUGAAGGAAGUGGUAUAG